AUGGCGACGAAAAGAAAGGCCGCGGCCAUGUCGUCGGUCGAAGAAGAAGACCCCGUGGACCCUUCAGAUGAACUUGUGUUCAUUGGACUGGGUGGUUGUCAAGAGGUUGGCCGCUCGUGCCAUAUCCUACAAUAUAAGGGCAAGACUGUUAUGCUCGAUGCCGGGAUGCAUACAGGGCGGGAAGGCAUGUCAGCGAUGCCCUACUUUGACGACUUCGAUCUCAGUACCGUGGACAUUCUCUUGAUCAGCCAUUUCCAUCUUGACCACGCGGCAGCCUUGCCUUAUGUCCUGGCGAAGACCGAUUUCAAAGGACGGGUCUUCAUGACCCACCCUACGAAAGCAAUCUACAAAUGGCUCAUCCAAGACUCGGUCCGAGUGAGUAAUACCUCAUCCACCUCCGAUCAGCGGACCUCGCUGUAUACCGAAGCCGACCACAUCUCAACCCUGCCACAAAUCGAGACGAUCGAUUUCUACACCACUCAUACAGUGUCCGGAGUCAGGAUCACUCCAUAUCCAGCCGGCCAUGUCCUUGGAGCUGCCAUGUUCUUGAUUAAUAUUGCUGGACUUAACAUCUGGUUUACUGCCGACUACUCACGAGAACAAGAUCGACACCUUGUUGCUGCAGAAGUGCCAAACAAAUCUACAGUCGGCAAAAUCGAUCUCCUCAUCACUGAAUCCACUUUUGGCAUUUCAAACGCCCCGCCCCGUGCGGAAAGAGAAGCUGGGUUGCUCAAGGCAGUGACGAAUAUUUUGAAUCGUGGAGGAAAGGUGUUGAUGCCCGUUUUUGCUCUCGGUCGAGCCCAAGAACUCCUGCUUAUCUUGGAGGACUACUGGUCGAAACACCCGGAACUGCAGAAAUACCCCAUCUACUACACUGGAAACACGGCGCGAAAAUGUAUGGUGGUGUACCAGACGUACAUCAAUGCCAUGAACGACAACAUCAAACGAAUCUUCCGUGAGCGUAUGGCGGAAGCAGAAGCUGCAGGAAAUGCCAAAGGUGUCAGUGCCGGUCCGUGGGAUUUCAGAUUUGUCCGAAGUCUACGAAAUCUGGAUCGCUUCGACGAUGUGGGCGGGUGUGUGAUGUUGGCGUCCCCUGGUAUGUUACAGUCAGGCAUGUCCCGUGUUCUACUCGAACGAUGGGCCCCGGAUCCGCGUAACGGAGUAAUCAUGACUGGCUACAACGUUGAAGGAACCAUGGCUCGUACCAUUUUGUCGGAGCCAGAGAUGAUCCCAGCAAUAAUGAGCGGCGGUAACACCGGCGUAGGUCAACAGAUGGGUCGAAAGGGCAGAGACGACGAGGGCGCCGUCAUGAUUCCUCGACGAUGUACGGUGGAAGAGUUCCAGUUCGCCGCCCACGUUACGGGUGUUGAGAAUGUGGACUUUAUUGAGCAAGUCGCUUCACCCCAUGUCAUCCUGGUCCAUGGCGAACGAUCCCAAGCCGCACGAUUAAGGUCGCGGCUGUUGGACCUGAAUUCUCGUCGAUUGGCGAGCAACCCUCACGCUCACCAGACCAAAGUGUACAGCCCAGAGAAUGGCGCGGAAAUCAAGAUCCCAUAUCAAAAGGACAAAAUGGCCAAAGUUGUGGGCAAGUUGGCUCAGAUACCGCCCCCGGCUUCCACGGACCCAGAAGACACCCGUGUGGUCAGUGGUGUAUUGGUGCAGAAUGGCUUCAAGCUCAGUCUGAUGGCGCCUGAAGACUUGCGUGAAUAUGCAGGAUUGACGACAACCACGAUUUUGUGCCGACAGCAUAUCACCCUGGCUGCGGCUGGGAUUGAGCUCAUCCGAUGGGCCCUCGAGGGUACCUUUGGCAGUAUCGAGGAGGUUGGCGUCAAACAGGAGACAAAUAACUCUGGCCCGACAAAAGGCGAAUUGACCAACGGGGAAAACGGCGCCAAAUAUGAAGAAGCCGACGAGGAGAUCGUGGCGGAACCGGCACGCAUGUUUCUCAUCAUGGGCUGCGUGACUCUGAAGUGGUCUGGGCGAGACAAACGAGUCGAAUUGGAAUGGGAAGGAAACACGAUGAACGAUGGAAUCGCAGAUGCCGUCAUGGCAGUACUUAUGACGGUCGAGAGUAGUCCCGCCGCUGUCAAAUACUCUGCGAGCAAAUCAUCACAUUCACAUGGCCAUGGACAUGGGCACGCUCAUGAUGAUGGAGAAAAGAAAGUGCUGCCACAAAACCCACACACGGGUCUCACGCCGCAGGAUCGGUUCUUGCGACUGUGCAUGUUUCUCGAAGAGCAGUUUGGUGAUUCCAUCACUCCCAUCGAAAAGCCCAGAUUGCAGUAUCGGGCAGACAUCAAACCUGCUGCAAUAGAGAAUGGCUCACAUAAGCAGGAGGGGGAUGCUCCAAAUACAGAAAAAGAAGAAGAAGAAGAGCUUGAUAUGGAAAGCGCUGAGGCUGCGGAGCGUGCUCGACUGGCGGCCUUGGGCAUCCCGGUUCCUGGGCUGGAGAUCCGGUUUGACAAGCACGUCGCCAGGUUGUGGCUGGAAGACCUGGACGUCGAAUGCACCACCACUGUCCUGCGAGAUCGUGUCAAAGCCGUAGUGGAAAGGGCGGUGGAAACCAUUGCGCCGUUGUGGACAGUCCGUGAGCACUCGAAGGAGUGAACGGUGCAAGCAACAUAUGCACGAAAAACAAUACCAAUAGAAGUCAAUCAGGUCGUCGAGCGGGUGACUAUCAAUCACUUAUCGCCGUAUCUUAACGCUCCGUCAGGUCUGACCGGAAAACAAACAAUCUGAAUGAACUCAGAAACACAAAGAGCGAGAGGAGUACUUUCACGCUCCAGCUCGAGCGAUGCAUACCACCUCAACUACCCAGCUACAUGGCAAUUAAAAGAUUGCAUCGUUCCCUACCCGAGAUACGUCUCGUCCAACUACACCUCGGCAUACCACGAGGGGCCCUUUCGAUUGUUUCGAGGCAAGACAGGCACACCAGUCAAUGUGCGCAGCUGCUCAUUAGGAACUGCCAAACGGGUUCACGCACUCAUCAGGGACUCAGUCGGCUUGACUCUAUCAACCAUGGGGUCUGAGACUUCCCCAAAGCGUCCUUCCGACCUUUCUUGCGAAGACGAUUCUGAGAUCAGAUAUCUACUUGCCUUAUGUAUGGAUUGAAAACAACCACUCACUUCCAAGGACUUUCAGUAGCCUGCCCAGAAAUUGUAUGCGCAAUCUUCGUUGUUCAUCCUUUUACUAUCGCAAGUGAAACCCACAGCGACCACAGGUCUGUUCCAUCUGAAUCCCUUUUCGGUUGUUUACGUUGUCAUACCUACCUUAUGUGUCUCCGCAAAUCUACCAUCUCUUCCAAUUCAACCCUGCCCACCACUAAUCAACCCAUAAUGUGUCUGCCAUUCAACCCCCAAACGGCGCCCGUUCAGGCAUCGACUUAGGUCUGGUGAUGGAGGACGAAGAGGGAGAGAUAGACCAGACUAAAGAGGGGGAGGGGCGAGAGUUAUGCUGGGGCCAGGGAAAUGUGUCUGUAUCCCAUCUGCGUCUGCGUCUUGAUCAUGAUACAUACUUGGCCCGGAGAAGCACGGAGCGCACGCCCUACCAAGGCGAGGCACGGAUGUAGGUUAGGCAGGGUCAAUUCACUGGCCAUACGAUGUCAGACCGGAUCUUGUUUGAUUUCUCAAAGUCUUGAAGAAUACUUUUCCCGGUCAAGAAAAGGCGGUGCGCUCAGACAUACCUAGGUACGCAGAGAGGUGGAGGAAGAGGGAUGAAGAGACUGUCCGAAAAGUGUGGAAUCUUUAAAUCCCAGGUUCAAUGUUGUCUGUCACCUUUUGCUCAUCUGGCCGGCAACUGCAACUUUGCUACAAUGGCAAUCUACUUGUAUCAACCCGACUUUCUGGGUUGAAUGUACUAUGGACACAGCAAGCAUACCUGGUACGAGAUGCAAGACUUUCCGUAAAGUGGAAGGCCUGUCCAGGUGCAGUGUCUAGUAGUUGGGCGUUCAUAGCUUGAACCCGGCCUGUCUUCAAUGUACUAGUAGACCAGGAGUACCUGCACCGCUCCUUCCACUGCGGAGGUGGCAGCCUCGCUCCUGCCUCUGAAAGUGCUGGCAAUGUCUCCACGAAAUCAUGAUCAGGGACAGUGCCUACCUAGUGCCACCAUCAACCCGACAUGACCGACCGACGACUCCUCAUGCUCGAAUCAUAUUAUUCUAUUAACUCGGAUAAACAGAAGUGGCGCCUCACAAACCCCCCGGGCUUACCUUUUCACGAUGAUGUCGACCAGUUUGCCUUCGUUCGACCGGCCGAUUGCCGUCCUGGCGUGAUAGACGAAGUGUCGAAAGUCAUAUCUCUUCUUGCCGGCCGUGAUGAGUGGAGGUUUCUCGGCGUCCUCAGCCAUGGACCGGCGGGCGAUAUCUUGACAGCCGACGGGGAAUUUUACAGACGUGCAAUCAUCGAAAGGAUUCCGCGAGGAGGACAACCAUGUACCUACUGUGGAAUGGCAUGUGGUCCAAAUCCCAACUCUGAGACAUCCUCAACGCAUACCGCGCCUCCGACGGUUCCCGCCAAAAGUCCACAGGAAUAAUGGCACGUUGUGGCAAUUAUCUGCAUGUCGUCGUGCUGGAAAGCAAGGGCUUCUCACACGACGAGUCCAAUGUUUGCCAAAGUUGUUUCGGAUUCGAGUUUCUCUAAGUAUUCGGGGCAUCGUGUAUCAUGCAGCUUUUUGGGCAUCCGUAGCCUUAUACUGGCCCCUCGACUGGAUCAUGUCGCAGUGAAGUAGGACUUCCAUAGCUUGGCCAAUAUUCCUGCCUCCAACCAUAGCGCUUGGUCCAAUCGAUCCUUCAGAUUAACAUACCUUUGCAGAAUUUCACACGCAUAGAGGCUGUAUCAACGAGGCCAGGAGGUCUAGAAAAGAGCUUUGCGUCAAUUCAUACUAGGAUCACAUCAAGGUCUUCGUAUCUUUCAACUAUGUCUUGCCAAGAAACGGCAGAGCCGCAGGCGCUCAAGGCGCAUUCGCGCCAAACUUUGGACACAAUGCGAGAGACGGAGCCGAGGUUUGCAAAGCCCUUCCUCUGCUGCCGGUGGAACCACGCUAGCAUCAGGCGCUGCUGGGCCGGAGUGCGGCACUCUGCACCGAUGAUAAGGGUUGGCCAGGCGGAGAUGAUGCCCAUAUCGCGCUCGU